CCUUUUCCGUCGCUCUCUAUUCAGCCUUCAUCAGGGCUGCACCCUCGCCUCUCCCGGAGAGCCACUCGUCCUCAGCUCCCCGCCACACCAGCAAAGGCGCCAAAAAUAAACGCCACGCCAUAUCGCCCGCUUCCUAGCUUCCUCGCGACGACGAUGGAGGUUGCCGAGGCGGCCGCGCCGGCGCCCGACGAGGGCGGGCUGGACGAGCGCGGCGCGGCGCUGCACCUCCCCAGGCUGCUGGCCGGCGUCGUCUCCGGCGCCCUCACCGGCCUCUUCGCUCUCGCUGGAGCCUUGACCGGAGCCGUCACGGGCGCGGUGGCGGGGAGAGCUUCGGACAGCGGCGUCCUGCGGGGAGCAGGACUGGGAGCGUUCGCCGGAGCUGUCCUCUCCAUUGAGGUUCUUGAGGCUUCCCGAGCUUACUGGUGCUCGGACCGGCUGGGCUCGCACGGUGCAUCCUCCAUGGCCGAUUUCAUUGAGCAGCUCAUUCAGGCUCGUUUUGCGCAAGAGCAAUAUACAUCUUCAGGAUAUACAUCUUCCCGCUGGCAGGUCAGCAUAUCAGAUUUUGGCCAUGAUGACCUAUAUGACAUCUUUGGAGACAUUUCAUCUAAAGGGCUCUCACUAGAGUCAUUGAAGAAACUACCAAAUUAUGUGGUCACUGACCAAAUGCGGGACUCCUUUGGGGAAAUCCUGUCUUGCCCUAUCUGUCUACAGGACCUUGUAGCCGGUGAGACAGCGAGGAGGUUGCCAAAUUGCUCUCACACUUUCCACCAGCCUUGCGUGGACAAAUGGCUCGUCGACCAUGGCUCAUGCCCCGUGUGCAGGCAACAGGUGUAAGAUAGGUAACCGGCUUAAAUUAGAUGAAGAAAUUAGUUGGGUGAAGUGAAGUGUUUGCUCCCACACUUCGUAUAGAGAUACUCCGUCCUGCUGCGUACGGUGAUGUAAAUUACUAGUAGAAUCUGCCUGUUUUACUACCAGCGAAAGCGCCUCUGUAGAAUCUGACUUUGUUUCUUGCACCCGGUGCCAAUUUGAAAUGAAAUAAGAUUGCUGCUGUCGCAGCAGUUUCUAUUCC